UGUUUAUUGGGCCAAAUGUAUUUCAUAUUGUGGAGAAUCCGCUGGUGGGUCUCUUUACAGGACUUUGAUUUGUUCUCGACGAAUCCAUCUCUCUUUUCUUUUUCUUUUUUCUUUUAAUUAUUUUUUUAUUUUCAUUCUAUUUUGAGAUUAAUUCGUUUUUUCUUUUGAAAAAUGGCCGAAUUCGAUAGUUAGGUUAGGGUAGGUUAGGUUAUGUGAGCAAGAAAAUUUUGGGUCGUAUAGUUGUUAGUAGUGUUUUCAGUUGAGGAAUUACGAAGUCUUGUCUCUCAUUUUUCAUUUUGAUCUCGAUCCACUGAACUGAUGGAAAAUGUUUACUUAAUAAUUGCAGGCGAGGGAAUUUGAGGUAGGAUUGAGUCUAUUAGUUCAGAGAAGAUGGAGAUGAAUAAAAAAAGUUCCCAUUCAAAAGAGAUACUGACUGUGGGCCGUUCUUCAUCGUCUAGUGAAGUGAAAAAGCCUGUGGAAAAAGACUUAAGCUCCUCCACGUUUAUUAAUCAGGCUGCAAUUCGUUGGCACGAGGGUAGAAAGAAGUGGGUCGAUAAAAAUUCUCAACAACAACAAAGAAUGGAAAGGGAAUCAAUCAUAAGCUGGUCAACAGCGUAUGAAGAUCUGCUCUCCACUCACGAGCCCUUCAGUGAGCCAAUACCUCUCCCUGAGAUGGUAGAUUUCUUGGUUGAUAUUUGGCAUGAUGAAGGGCUUUUCGAUUAGAUAACUCGACACAACAAAUAUUUUAGUCGUAGACAAGAUCCGAGACCGUGAUACCGAGUUUCAGGAUAUGUUCAUACUCAACAACCUGCUACUGGUUCUUCCGUUUACUAAUUCUAUGAAGAAUUAUAUACUCUUACAUUGUUGUGAUCUUUGUUCAAACUAACAACUAAUUCAACAUUGUAUUAUUGGCCUCCUUUGUGCGGGCAACAUCUGAUAUUUAUGCAGAAGUUCAGAGUAAUGGAAACUUAUAUUUGGAGGAGUAUUUUUAAAAA